ACCCUCUGCAUGCUACCUGUUUUAUAAAGGUGAACUGGGCGGGGCUGGAGGAGGAGCGCGCGCGGUAACCGGAUCGCCGAGAGAGUCAGUGAGCGCGCGCAGGUUCGGACCCGGUAACGGCUCGGUGUUCUGUUAUUAAUCAGCAGUGCGUCGCGCGCGCUUCUGGACCGGAAACGAGGAGAGAAGCGUCGCGCUGUUUAUUUUGCGAAGAUUUCUGUAGCGAGAGGGGACUGUUUAUACGCAGUGUCCGUGCUGUGUGUGUGUGUGUGUGUGUGUGUGUGUGUGUGUGUAAUCGGGACUCUGACGGUUUGGAGUUUUAUCUUUGAUUAUCGGGACUUGGAGAGUCGCGCGCAGGUUGAGAUGGAUGAAGUGGAGAAAUACCAGCAAAGACUGCAGGCCAUAGCGGAGAAGCGGCGACUGCAGGAGGAACAGGACCGAGCAAAACGCCACCUUGAAGAUGAAAAACUUCGACUGCAGCAAAUGAAAAGGAAGUCUCUGAGAGAUCAGUGGUUGAUGGAGGGACCUCCACUUAGUCCAGACAGUGCAGGACCUCGAUCUCCUCUCUGGGGAACACAGGCUCAGCAAGUUGAAGCAAACAUCAACAAGUUGCAGAGUGAGAUCAUAGAAAAAAAACAGAAGCAUAAGGAAGACAGCUCAACUUCAGAGCAGUCACACACAGAUCACCACGGCAACGGAGAGAAAACGAGUGCAGUGACUCCGCCCCCAUCAGGAAGUUCAGAGAACGGAGAGGAGAAAAGUGCAAAACCUUCACAUGACACGUCUCUCACAAACGGCACUGCACAGGGCGAGGAAUCCCACAAUGCACCUCUUCAGCAUGUCACUGAUGUCAACACGGGGGCGGAAACUCUUCUGUUCUUGGGUUAUGUGGAGGCGGAGCCUGGGCAGGGUUUGUGUGAAGAUGCUGAUGAUGUCAGUGAGGUGAUUCAUGCAGAGAGAGUGAUAAUCAUGGAGGAAGGAGAGGAAGUGACUGAGGAGUUGCAGGACACACAAGUUAAGAAAGUAGAAGAGGAAGAACGAGAGGAAGAGAGAGAAGAAGAAGAGGCAUAUGAAGAAAAAGGUGGAGAGGAAAAAGGAGAUGAGGAAACAAAGGAAAAAAAAGAAGAAAUAGAGGAUGAACAAGAGGAAGAACAGGAGGAAGGAGGAGAGGAGGAACGAGAGGAGGCGAAUGAUGCAGAUUUUCAGAAUCAUUUAGAGUCUGGAGAAUUGAAUGCUGUAGAAGAAGAAAAACGAAACACAGGUGUUGAUUUAUUAAAUGAAGACAGUAGAGUAAACCUGCACACACACACUGAUGAGGAGAUAAGUGUAAAGACCGACGCUGACACCGACACAAACCCAAACACAGACUCCAGAUCAGCUUUAAACACAGGAUUCAAACCAGAUGCAGAUCCAGCUGCUGAAACACUCCCACCAUCUCUCUCUGAAUCCUCAGAGUGUGCUGUCUCUCCUACACAGACGGCUUCAGGCCUGAAUCAGAACACUGCUCAGAAAUACCCAGAGCUCAAUUCAUCCUCCGCUAACACUGCAGCGCAGUUCCACGAAAUACCACUGGGUACAGUGGAGGAGGAGCCUCUAUUGGCUGCUAAAGCAGAACCACUAAGUGACGCAGGGAACCCCAAUCGAGGUGAGGGGGCAAAGACCACGACCUGCCGGUGCUGCACAGUCAUGUAAUGGUUUUCAUGUGACCUCCACAGUCAUGUGACCUUCAGGGUCCUGCACCAUGUUGAACGUUCAAAUCACAAAUCCACACUGAGAGGAGAUAAAACCUAGCAGUGUGGAAUUUUAGUUCCUCUACAGACACUUGAUCAUCAUCCAGAUUCAUACUGCGUGAAGUUUCCAUCAAAGAGACACAAUCAGACAUGAAUCAGAUGCGUUUAUUUACUCAAAGGUCUAAACAUCAGCUAAUCUAAUCAAACGCCGGCUCCUGGAUGAGGCCGUGUUUAUACAUCAGAUCUCUGGAUGAUUAUUAAGUAGGACAAAAAAUGUUUAGUGAUGUACCUCCUCACUGUCUGAGGGCUCUGAUACUCACAUCUGAUUGGAUCAAAUCGGAGUCGUAGCUGAUUAGGACCUGAUCGGAUUCUUUUUUUUUUUCAUGUUAAAAAUGAACGUGUUUAUGAUUUUUUUUCUUUAAUGAUCAGAACUACACAGAACUGGUGUCCAUGGUUUCUCACUUUCUUCUCCCACUGAACUGGAGUGAAAAUAACAGUGUUUUGGUGCAGCAGCUGAAGAUCUCCAGCUGCAGUGCGCCCCCUGCUGUUCAUCUCAGGACUUAUCACUGAGAUCAACACUUAGAGUGAAGGAAAUUCAGCUCUUUCUUAACAUUUACACAUUUAUACAGAUAUACAUUUAUAUAGAUAAUCCCAAACACUUUAAACACUCACAGCCCCAUUCAUGUUUCACUCACCCUCCUCUAAUUGGCUAUUGGUGUCCUUCUCUCAGCCAAUCAGAGCGCAGAGUAUACACGGGCGUCUUCUUCAUGUUGUCAUUUUUGUUGUGUUAUUUUGCAGUGUUUUUAAUGUUACACUGUAGAAAGGUUUCAGUCUCUUCAGUGUUUUCUGAUUUUUAUUAAAUAUACAUUUAUUAUCACUUCA